AAUCUCCUCUGGAUUCAUUCAUUCUCCAAAACCCAGAAUUCAUACUACAAGUCUUGCAGUUUAGACUAGAAAUUAACAAUCUUUCUCUGAGAAUUCUGGGUUUUUCUUUUUUUUUUUUUUGUGGAAAUUUUUAGGCUAGUAAUUGGGAGCCAUGACUUGGUUAAGCACGUAUGGUUGUGCGGUUGUGUUACUGGUGGUGGGUUUGGGCUCCGGUAGCUGUUACGGGUUUGGGACGUUCGGGUUUGAUAUCUACCAUCGGUUCUCCGAUCCGGUUAAGGGAAUUCUGAGCGUUGAUGAUUUGCCGCCGAAGGGGAGUGUGGAGUACUAUGAUGCUUGGGCGAAGCGCGACCGGAUAUUUCAUGGCCGACGAUUGGCGGCGGCUAAUGAUCAGACGCCGGUUACGUUUCUGGAUGGAAACGAGACGUAUCGACUCAAUGCUUUGGGAUUCUUGCAUUAUGCGAAUGUCACAGUAGGAACACCAGCUUUGUCAUUUAUAGUGGCACUAGACACGGGUAGUGACCUGUUCUGGUUGCCGUGUGAUUGUUCUAGUUGUGUACAUGGGUUAAUUUCAUCAAAGGGACAGAAGAUAGAGUUUAACAUCUACAGCCCUAAUACUUCAACUACUAGCUCAGAGGUUCCUUGUAGCAGCGACUUGUGUGGACAAUCCAGGCGAUGCUCUUCUCAAGGUACUUGUGAAUAUCAAGUUCAGUAUCUCUCCAGUGGCACUUCAUCCACUGGAAUCUUGGUGGAGGAUGUAUUGCAUUUAAUCACCAAUGAUGAUCAACCAAAACCUGUCAAUACUAACAUUACAUUUGGCUGUGGAAAAGUAGAGACUGGUUCUUUCUUAGAUGGUGCAGCCCCUAAUGGUCUUUUUGGGCUUGGUAUGGACAACAUAUCUGUUCCCAGCAUCCUAGCAAACAAAAACCUUGCUUCAAAUUCUUUUUCAAUGUGUUUUGGAGCUGAUGGGGUUGGGAGAAUCAGUUUUGGAGAUAAAGGAAGCUCUGACCAAGGAAAAACACCAUUUAAUAUUAGGAAAUCACAUCCAACUUACAAUGUCAGCAUCACUCAAUUAAAUGUAGACGGAAAUGUUCAAAAUCUUGAAUUUAGUGCAAUUUUCGACUCUGGCACGUCGUUUACAUACUUGAAUGACCCAGCUUAUACACUUAUCUCUGAAAGUUUCAAUAAGCUAGCUUCAGACAAGCAGCAUACAUCCAAUUCUGGACUCCCCUUUAAAUAUUGUUACGACUUGAGGGCAAAUCAAACCAACUUAACAUAUCCUGGAGUGAAUCUGACAAUGAAAGGCGGAGACCCUUUUUAUGUUAAUGAUCCAAUAGUACUGAUCUCAUUGCAGGGUGGAGAUGUAUAUUGUUUAGGCAUCGUCAAGAGUGAUGAUGUGAACAUCAUUGGACAAAACUUCAUGACUGGCUAUCGCAUAGUGUUUGAUCAUGAGAAUAUGGUACUGGGGUGGAAGGCAUCCAACUGUUAUGAUAUUAAAGACUCCAACAUUGCACCUGUCAAACCACCAACUGACCCACCAACUAAACCACCAACUGAAUCACCAACUGCAGUCCCCCCUGCUGUUGCUAUAAAUCCAGCGGCUAGAACCGGAAAUAGCAACAGUUCUCAGAUUUCAGGAGCACCACCACCUGUGGCAAGCCAUUCACCCCAAACGCAUGCCUACACUCUCAUCAUUCUUCUUAUUUCAUUGCUUGCCUUUAUUUAACCAUUCUUUCUCCUUAUCCCUCAACCCUGAACCAUAGGAUCCAUAGUUACCGAGACAUUGUUUCAGGUAUUCAGGAGGCAUUUUCAGCUUUCCUUUUAUAUUUGAUUUUUAAUGGUUUUAGUGGGGUUAUUUUUACACAGGUUGUAAAUUUGUUUUGAUUAUAAACACAGAUUGAUAUGAUAUAGCAUUCUUAUAAAUAGAAUACAAUUUU